UUAUGGCAGAGAAGGAAGUCGGAGCGGAGAGGAGGCGCAGAGCCCGCCGGAGGGACACGGAGAGGAGUGCGGGGAGCGCAGGCCGGCGGAGAUGAGCGCAGGAGAGCUGCACAGGUGAAAAUAAAAUCCCGAAGGAGCGGUUGAGUUGUGUCUGUGUCGGCAGCCAUGGAGUGGGAUAAGCCAUCAGUUUGGGGGUCUCUGAAACAAAAGACUCGUCCUUUAUUUCAGAACUUAUCAGUCAAGCGUACCAAGAGAAGCUCGCGUAAGAUCUUAGACAUCCAGAAAAGGCACCUUACUGAUCGGAUGAGCGUCUCCGUGCCAAAUAUGAUGGAGAUCGGAUGUACCAUCGAGGAGGAGACGGAUUAUACGGACUGCACCAUUGAAUCUACCUCCAUUUCAAACAGCCAUUCAUCUCCGGUAAUGUCCCACAGACAGUACAUUACACAUUCGAAAGAAAGCAGUUCCUGGCUACACGAAAACAGAGUCCAUAUGGAAAUUACAGUUACAGAUACUGAUCUAAAAAAUUCAGACUCCGAAACCAAAGAAGACCAAAUGGAGGACGAUGACAAAUACGAAGAUAAGAAUAUAUUGGAAUUUCUACAGAGGGAAGUCAUGUCGGACAGCUUGAGUGAUAAGAGAUUUGAGGAUGGCUCAGGAAGCAUUGACUUGAACUCUUCAAUAUCAUCGCAACAUUCGGAUGAGUUUAAUGGCAUGGAAAGUUUUGACAGCCUGAGUAUUCAAAGCCUGAUGUCCUAUCUGCUGACCAUCCAUCUGAGAGAGGGCCGCAACCUGGUCAUCAGGGACCGCUCAGGUACCAGUGAUCCUUAUGUAAAGUUCAAACUAAACAAGAAGACCUUAUAUAAAAGUAAAGUUGUCUACAAGAACCUGAAUCCGAUGUGGGAUGAAGUUUUCGUAUUGCCUAUUCAGAAUCUUGAUCAAAAGCUGCAUAUUAAGGUUUAUGAUCGAGAUUUCACAACGGAUGACUUCAUGGGAUCUGCUUUCCUAGAUCUUCAAGAGCUUGAACUAAACAAAACUGCUGAAAAAGUGUUCCGGCUUGAAGAUCCCAAUAGCCUUGAGGAAGACAUGGGGGUGAUUGUGGCAGAUGUCAGUCUGUCCAUCAGGAUAAGAGAUGCAAAAAAUAAUCAGAGAUGGUCGUCGCGAAGAAAACUUGGUGUUUCCAAGGCAACCUCUAUGCAGUGCCUGCAGUUGUCCGAGUCACUGAAAAAGAGCCAGCUCUGGAAUGGAACGGUCAGCAUUACAUUGCUGGAAGGGAUUAAUCUGCCGGAUGGAAGUGCCUGUGAUUCUUUUGUAAGGUUCAGGCUCGGAGAUCAGAAGUACAGAAGCAAGACACAGUGUAAGAAUGGAAAUCCUCAAUGGAGGGAACGCUUUGAUUUUCACUACUACUCUGACAGGAUGGGGAUAUUGGAGAUGGAAGUAUGGGGACAAGAUGGCCGCAAACAUGAGGAGCUGCUUGGCUUGUGCAAAGUGGAUAUCGCUGCGUUGCCCAUUGAGCAAAUCAAUCGCCUGGAAGUGCCUCUGGAGCAGAACCAGGGCUCUAUACACUUGAUGAUAGCUCUUACACCCUGUUCGGGAGUCUCCAUUUCUGACCUUUGUGUUUGUCCGCUGGCGGACCCAGGGGAGAAGGAGCAGAUAAGGGAAAGAUACUGCUUGAAAAACUCGCUCCAGAACUUAAGAGACAUUGGUUUCCUGCAAGUCAAAGUACUUAAAGCAGAGGAUCUUCUAGCUGCAGACUUUUCAGGUAAAAGUGAUCCUUUCUGCGUCCUAGAAGUGGGAAAUGAUCGGCUUCAAACGCAUACGGUUUACAAAAAUCUAAAUCCUGAAUGGAAUAAAGUCUUUACUUUUCCCAUCAAGGAUCUUCAUGACACGCUAGAGGUGACCGUUUUUGAUGAAGAUGGAGAUAAAGUUCCUGAUUUUCUUGGGAAAGUCGUGAUUCCUCUACUGUCUGUAAGGAAUGGGCAACAAAUUGCUUACUUGUUAAAAAACAAAGACUUGGCCACAGCCUCGAAAGGAGUGAUCUAUUUAGAGAUUGAUGUGAUAUUUAAUCCAGUCAGAGCAAGUAUUAGGACACUUAACCCAAGAGAGACGCGCUUUAUGGAAGACAACCCCAAGUUCUCAAAAAAGAUCUUAUCGAGGAAUGUUUACCGUGUCAAAAAGAUCACGCUGGCGGUCUGGAACACAAUGCGUUUCGUAAAGAGCUGUUUUCAGUGGGAGUCGACGAAAAGGAGCCUGAUGGCUUUCUUGAUAUUUUUGCUAACAGUUUGGAAUCUGGAGCUUUUCAUGAUACCUCUGUUUCUGCUGCUGCUUUUUGCCUACAACUUUGCCAUGAUCACAACGGGGAAAGUCUGCACCCAGGACAAUCUGGAUGGAAUGGAUAUUGGUGACGAUGAUGAAGAUGAUGAAAAGGAGUCUGAGAGAAAGAGCAUCAGGGACCGAAUUCAGAUGGUACAAGACAUCGUUAUCACAGUUCAGAAUAUUUUAGAAGAGAUUGCGUGCUUUGGCGAGCGAAUCAAAAACACAUUUAACUGGAGUGUUCCAUUCCUGACCCUGCUUGCCUGCUUCUUACUCCUUGUCGGAACAAUUAUUUUGUAUUUGAUACCUUUAAGGUACAUCAUUCUGAUAUGGGGCAUCAAUAAAUUUACAAAGAAGCUUCGAAACCCAUAUGCCAUUGACAAUAAUGAGUUUCUGGAUUUUCUCUCCAGGGUACCAUCUGAUGUUCAAAAGGUGCAAUAUGCUGAAUUAAGACCCGGCAAUAACCAAGGUGCCCUUAGGAAGAAGCGGAGUGGCUUGUAACAGAGUUCAUUAUUUAAGUUCUCCUUUUUUUUUUCCCCCGCUAUAAAAUCAUGCACUAACUCAUCACAGCCGGGACUGUACUCCUAGAACAGUGCAGGGGUGCUGGUUACCCCCUCCAUCCAAAGUUGCUUUUUCAUAUUUCUCACAAAUCAAACAGGCUUUCUGACUGGCUUUGGAAAAGUCUAUAUACCAAUGAUUUGCCAUUAUGGAUCGGGAAUGAAGAUCUAAAAUUAAAAGGAAAAUUAAUCUUAUGUCUUUUUAUUAAUGUUAUGGUAAAUGGUAUUUUUGUUGUUUGUGUUCUGGUGGGGGCAAAAAAAUGACUGUUUGACAAAGGCCUUAACAUUUUCAUUGUGAAGGACCUCGCCAUGAGUAUGUCCAAUGUGCUAAAUUCCUCUUUUUCUGAAUUAUUUGUAUUAUGAUGUGCUGUGGUCAAAAUGAUAGAAUAGCCUUUCUCAACCUUUUUACAAUGGAGGAACCUCAGGUCUCAGAGAAUUCCUGCAGGAAUGAAUACCGUAGAUCUACAGCUCAUGAUACAUUGGCCAAACCACAUUAGUAGUCAACGAGGGCUUCUGUGCACUCAUGCUCUAUUACACUGGUGGUUAGUGAAAAAAACAUUUUUUUUAGUGGUGGUCACUGUAGAACCUUAAACACUGGGGAACAAGGAAGAAUUUUCCUCCUAAUGACAGUGAAACAUGAUCCCAUUUCAGUGGUUCUGCUGAGCGUUGUUGGUACCAGAACUAUGUGGGCACCAUCAGGCAAAAAAUGCAUCCAUUACUGCUCAAUAAACCCUUGGAUAAUCUCUAGGGGGAACCCAGUGUGGCCACCUUCAGGCAAUAAAUCAGUCCAUCACUGUUCAAGGAACCCUUGGCAAUAUCUGGAGGAACCCAGUUGUUCUGCUUAGUGGUGAUGUUACCAGAUCUAUGUUGGCACCUUCAGGCAAGAAAUCCAUCCAUCACUGCUCAAGGAACCCUUGGCAACAUCUGGAGGAACCCAGUAAUGCUGAUCAGUGGUAAUCGUACCAGAACUAUGUGGGGGCACCAUCAGGCAAAGAAAUCCAUCCAUCACUUCUCAAGGAGCUCUUGUCAAUCUCUGGAAGAACACAGUGAUUCUGCUGAGUGGUGUUGGUACCAGAAUUAUAUGGGCACCUUUUGUCAAGAAAUUAAUCCAUCACUGCUUAAGGAACCCUUGGCAAUACUUGUAGGAUCCCAGUGGUUUUUCUCAGUGGUGGUGUUACCAGAACUAUGUGGGCACCUUUCGGCAAGAAAUCAAUCUAGCUCUGUUUAAUGAACCCAUGGCAAUAUCUGGAAAAACCCAGUGGUUCUGCUUAGUAAUGUUGGUACCAGAACUAUGUGGGGACCUUCCAGCAAGAGAUCAAUCCAUCACUGCCCAAGAAACUCUUGUCCAUAUCUGGAGGAACCCAGUGAUUCUGCUGAGUGGCGUUGGUACCAGAACUAUGUGGGGACAAUUGGGCAAGAAAUCAAUCCAUUACUGCUCAAGGAACCCUUAGCAAACUCUGGAGGAAAAGUGUCUCCCGUAUGUAUUGAGCACAUGGAACCCUGGUUGAGAAUGGCUGGUAUAGAAACAGGGCUUUGAUGUCAUUUGGGAGUAAUGCUGUAAAAAAAACGUUAAUAGUCGACAAAAUGGGAAGAAUAACCUUGUUGUAAACAACACCAUCUCUUUUAUGCAGUUUUUCAGUCCUACCUUAACCAGAUCUCCUGGUGCUGCAUAUAUGUACAAACUAUAUUACAUCUGCACCAAAUAAAAAAGAAGCAUUUGCACCUUA